AUGCUGAUGAAGCGUGCGAUAGCGGUGAAGCGGUUCCAGUUCGACUAUUCGGCUUCCAUCGCUGACGUGGAUUAUGGCCUCAUGCUCGAGUGGCUGGGAGAAUCGUGGACUCGUGUGCGCGCAGCAACCAUGCAGAGGAGCUGGUGGCGCGCCGGAUGCGUGCCCCCAAGCUGGCCGCCACUGAUGGCGUACCUGAACGACACGUGCGCAACGGGCAUGUUUGAGCCCCUCAUUGCGACAUGCGUCGAGCUGCAGUUGCUCAUCGAGAAGUUCAAGAUGAGGCCUGCGUGCUAUAUGACGGCAACGGAGUUCGUCAACUGCGACGCGGGACUCUGCGUGGAGCAGGGGUUCAGAGCCACACCUGCUGCCAGCGCGUCGGAUGACUCGUCGGGCGAGAUGAGCCUGCCAGAUGGCCCCUUACUGCGUGACGAGCGCAGCAGGCGGCGCGUGAUUCGCAACGUCACAAACGCGUACGUGGAGCGUGCCGAUCAGCUCGGCAUUCCCCCGGCCCUCGUGCCAGCAGAGGUCGGAGCAUCUAACCAGGAGGUGAUUUCCCGCCUCGGCAGGACACCAGUCAAGCGUGCGCGCGCGGGGCUGCGCAUUGAGGACGUGGCAGACACAGCGGUGCGCGAGAAUGAGGACGACGAGGCGAACGGGUACACCAAGUGGGUGCACCUGGCGUGGCAGGCGAUCGCGCUGAUCCUAGCGGCAGCGGGGCUGGCGUCUAUCAUCGUGGCCAAGAACUAUUCAGACAGCAAGCACAUGUACUCUGUGCAUGCCUACUGUGGGGUGCUCACCCUCGCGCUCUUCGUUAUCCAGUUCUUCUGGGGCCUGUGCGCUUUCGUUCUCUUCAAGAGCCGCCUGUCCGAAGCAACGCGGUACCAGAUAGGCACCUACCACAUCCUGCUUGGGAAGCUCGCUUACUACGCCGGCAUUGGCACAUGCGUGGUAGGGGGAGGUAAGGCAGGUGAGAGGGAGGGAAGACGUGAGGUGUGUGCUAUCCGCAUCUCUACACAUGUUUGA